AUGGCUCCGAUCAUUAACGUUGCGGAAGGUCUGCUGGGCAAGCCACUUCCAACGAACAAAUGGUGGGGUAACAUCAUCCACACUACCGCUGAAGAGAUGAAUACGAAAGCCAACCCUGGCUGGUCCAACCCGUACGCCGUCAAGCUGCCGAAGGAAGCUCCGUACGGCAUCCAAGCUUGUUACUCGUACAACUACCGGCAGUUGUCCGCUAUCACCGAUGGCGUCGCGGAGCUUUAUCUGCACGACUUUGUCAACGACCUCACGCUGUCGGCCACGGAAUUUGCCGGUGAAGCCAAGCCCACGUAUGAGAUUUACGCCUUCAGCGACUUUGGCAUCAACGUUCGAGCCUGUCUCGAGAACAAGGAGCAGUGCUUGGACUCUGCUCUUGUGCACGGCAUGGCCUUCAUCACAGCCACGUACGACCGUCUGACCGCUCGGAUCGAGUCGGAAUACACCAUGGAGAUCGUGGACAAGUCGGUGCCAGGCAAGUACAUCCUUCAGCUUGGUGGGAACCAGACGUGGGUCGUGUACACUGGUAACAACGGCAGCUUUGCGCUCGACGAGUCGGGCAAAGCUCUCGUUUCCAGUGGGUUGUUCAGUGGCACCGUGCGUGUUGCCAUUCUACCAUCGAAAAAGGCCACUACCGUCUACGAUAAGUACCGAGCGUGUCACGUCCGUGGUGGCCACGUGUCUGUGGAGUCUCGUACUCAAUACCCGGUAAACUGGGAAACGGUGGGGAAGAGCUGUAAGACCAACGGGAUGCUUCACUUCGCACUGCCUCACCACCUCCCAGCGUUGAAAGGAGCCAUCACUGCUAAAAGCCCCAAAGCGAUUGUCCUUAAUUCGGCCACUCGAGGCAAAAUGGUCGCCCAAGUAGCCACGACUGGAAAGUGGGUCCUUUCGGAGCCUGAAGAUGAGUUGGAGGUGGACUUCUACCCAACCAGUAAACCGUCUGCCGAGGUUGUAGCAAAAGUGGGUCUUCUCCAGACUCUGCAGGCCGAUAUCGCUGACCACUGGGCGCUCAACAAGACGAGUUGGUACUUUAACGGCAAGCAGUACCAGAAGUACGCGUCGCAAGGACAAGAAGCUGCUCAGCGCAUGCCUGACGAAGCUCGAGAAGCUCCUUGUGCCGUUCCUGGACACACGCUGGAUCCUCCUCUCCACUACGAGACGUCGUACGGCGAUCUCCACACGACGUUUCGCUACAUGAGCAAGUUCGGCUGCUUGGGGCAUCUCUCUACUGGGUCGGCUCUGUUCGGGGUAUGGUGUCCCAUCCAGCCUGCCGAUGAGAUCAUGUGGGGUCAACUUGACGGCUACCACAUCGCCCUACCGCACCAAUCGCGCCAACAGGAGUCAUGCACGUCCAAGCUCAGUAUCUCCACUACGGCAACACUUACGACAUCCCAUUACACGCCAGCACUCGACAACCCCACUACCCGCCAGAGUUCGACACCACUCACUUUCCACCAGAGCGCCACACUACUCGCUGCCCGCCAGAGCUCGUCUCCACCUACUGCCCGCCAGACCUGA